AUGGCGGAGACUGAGAUGUGGCGCGCGUAUGAGGAGGACGGGGCAGCCUUCAGUGCGGGGCUGGACACGACAGACAAGAGUCGAGUGGCUCACAGCCUCUUGGAUCGACAGGUGGAGCUUUUCGGGCUAUGGGACCCGGAGGGAGUGACACGACGGUUGGGGUUUGGAGAUGGGACAGUGGAGGAGGUGCUGAAUGAGCGCGAUGAGGAGGAGGACUUCCUCGCUGAGCUGCUAGCCAACGCGGGUGUUGCCGGGCCCACCGAGGAGGAAAUCCAAACUGCUGGCACCCAGAAAAUUGCGUCAACCACCGGAUACUUCCCAUAUCCGAAUAAAACAAUGUUCCUCCUUGACAUUCUCGACAACCUUUCACGACUUCGGGUCUCCAAAUCUCUCAUGCGCCGUUAUACUAAGGAAAUUCGUGCUGAAUCAGGCAUCCCUACCCUCCCUUGCCUGUCGCCACUGGGCAAUGUUUUUUUUAUGAAUGACCCUUGCGCAAUCAUCGCACAUGAUUGGGCUAACCCUGCAAUCCGGCAGCACAUUCGUGUCUAUCCGGAAAUACCUACCGAUGGCAUCAUCCGCGAGAUCUGGCAUGCGCACAAAUGGCGGAAAAAUAUGGACCUCGACGCGCUGAGUCCCAUGUAUGACGCCGGCAAUGCCCAUUUCUAUGUCAACGAACUAUGCCGCGUUAAGGACGGCCACUUUGUGAUUCCUAUACGCUGGGUCACUGUCAACUCUGCCGUUUGCGCAGAUUGUUACAGUGUCGAAAUUGACGAGGCUGGGGAGGCGGUGAUUGAUGAUUCAAAGACGUCCCUCGUUGCGGCUGCCGAUAUGAAGGAAAAUUAUCUUGACCUGCUUGAUCUUGGAGCGGUGCCGCAAUGGAAUGGUAAGUACUGUCCGCAAUCAAUUCUUCCACUUCUCACGCCAGCAGCGGCGACAUUUUCGAAGGGACACCCCGCAAGGAUGCCCAAUCGUAAACGUGCCAUUGCGGGUGGCUGUCCCAUGUACACCAGCCUUGUCGAUUACUUUGGUGACGAUGUGUCCGGAAAUCGUUCUAAAUCAUGGAACAAGCAUUGGAACGCGUAUAUGACACAUCGGAAUCUUCCCCGAAAACUGCUGCAGCAAGAAUAUCAUAUCCAUUUCGUCUCGACCUCUCCCAAUGCGUCCAUUUCCGAGCAAUAUCGCGAAUUCAAGACCGCCAUUGAAGCCACACACACCAAGCCAAUUGCUGUACAAGACGACGCAGGAAACACAACAAAGAUCUGCGUCUACUGUAACGCCGGCCCUUCCGACAACCCGAUGCAGAGCGAGGUAUCGUCUCAUAUGGGUGGCCAGGCGAACUACUUUUGUCGAAAAUGCAAGGUCGGCGGUCCGAAAGCACACAAGCACUCGAAUGUCGGGUAUGAAGAGCUCUUCAAGCCUGGUAUUCCGCGAACCAAAGAAUAUGUACUCGACGAGUUGCGGCUCCAAGUCCGGCAUGUCUGUGGUGGGACAACAAUGGACAAGCUCCAGAAGAUCCAGCGGAACACGGGCGUGAAAGACGCAUAUACACAGCAAUGGAUCAUAGGUCUCGAGGCCCGUUUUGCGCAACUAAGUGUUGCCGACCCCGAACGACCAGCAGCCAACAUCAAAGCGGAGCUUAUGAAGUGGGUGGAUGAGAACGACGAGAAGAUUUAUAGCGCUUUCUUGCGAACAACAGCAUUCGAUCCUACACACGAUACACCCAUUGAACUCUUACACACGAUUCUACUUGGUGCAGUCAAGUACGUGUGGCACAUUUCGCACACAGGCUGGUCCGACAAGGAGAAGACAAUGUAUUCACAGCGCUUACAAGCGACCGAGACGAGCGGGCUUUCCAUUCAUGCCAUUCGUGCUAAAUACAUCAUGCAAUACGCCAAUUCACUAAUCGGAAAACAACUCAAGACUGUUGUUCAGACGGGAGUAUUCCAUGUGCACGAUCUGGUCUCGGAUGACCAUCUCGCUGCAUGGCGGGCAUUGGGCGAGCUAUCUGCUUUACUUUGGGUCCCCGAAAUUCAUGACAUUACUCAGUAUCGUACCGACCUUGAAAUAGCUGUCGCAAACCUGCUUGAUGCUGUCGCUGUCAUCGACCCUUCCAAAAUCGUAACGAAAAUCAAAUACCAUCUACUCGCGCACGCUGCAGACGACGCAACAGAAUUUGGCCCGCUCAUUGGCUUGGCAACAGAGCUCUUCGAGAGUUUCAAUGCCAUUUUCCGCUACUGCUCGAUCUUUUCAAAUCAUCUGGCACCAAGUCGCGAUAUAGCUAUUCAGUUGGGAGACCAGGAAGGGUUGAAACAUCGGCUGACUGGUGGACUUUGGGCAGCAGAAGGCGAGCAGAAAUGGGUCCGCGCCGGUACUGGCAUUGUCAAAUUGGCCCCACUUGGACGAGGCGAAGAUAAGCGUGUAUUGCGUCGAUUAAGCGCUACAACAGCAGCAAAAGCAAUAAACUAUCGUGAUUACAUCUCGAACUCGGUCUGGGACUCCGGAAAAUCCUUUAUUUGCCAGUCGCAGGAUGAAUGCAGAGUCGGGUCUUGGGUGUUUACAUCGUGGCUAUCGACUGAUACUGUAGUUCCCGCCCGCAUUGUGGAAAUCCUCCAGGGUACUGAGACCAACCUUGCUGUUUUGGAGCGAUUCCAAACAUCAGCAGCCCGUGAUUCGGUGUAUGGGAUGCCAGUGUUGAUUCGCCCCAAUGACGAAACAGUUCUUUUCGUUGUUCCGACUAAGGAUGUCGGCUUCAAUUUCAAUGCACAACAUGACUGUCGUGCAGCCCAAUGCGCCGCCACCGGUUCCCGUGCCAUUAUCCAAGAACGUGUCGCGUCUGAAAAGACAGAACAUUUCAUCGUACACAAAGACCUCGAACGCUAUAUCAUCAACAUUCAUUCUUUCCAUAACGCCCACCUCCUUCGCGAAACUCUUCCUCGCAAGCUCUGGGCCCCAAUUCCGCUCUUUAAUGAUCGUUCAGCAAAGCAUAUUGAGUUUGCGACCCGGCUUCGGAAUCGGAAUACCGCUAAGGCAGCCAAGGGUAAUGCUGCAAUGGAGCGGCGUCCAGUGUCCAGCGGUGAUGGAGCUGCCAAUCCAGAGUCAGAAUCAAUUGGAGCCGCCAUGCAGCAAGGCAAGCGCCGCCGAGCUGAGGAUAUUGACUCUGAUUCAGCACCGGCACGCAAGCGCACUCGCAAGGCCGCUCCCAAGAAAAAAAAGCCAAAGUUGCCUAUCAUUCCCAUCGCAGUCUCUGUGGCAAUUUCAGGAACCCUAGGUUUGGCGGCAGGACGGACCAAGCGAACGAUCACGAAGACGGCGAAGGCGCUGGCGGCAGAGGAAGUUUCGAGUGAUUCCGAGGGGGGAUCGGAAAGCGAUCAGGUGUCGGAAAAAGAUACAAGUGAUGAAGAGUAUCAGUCAUACGGCGAUAAUGAAUAG